CCGCGUCCCCUUGCUCUUACAGCAUAUCUCUCCUUCUCUAUGUCUACUGGACAAGUUGUACGUUGUACGUUGGCAUAUGCGAGCAACUGUUUCUUGUGCGCGUUUCGCAUCCAUGUUCGUUCGUUCGUUCGUUCGUUCGUUGUAAAUUACUUUUACGUCCGUUCUCCCGGAAAGCUGGAAAAAUUCCAUUAUCCGAAACAAGUAUCGAAUUUCACCGGUCGCAACAAUCGCCGCCGAUCUUGCCAACGAGUUACUGUUAUCUUUGCAUGAUCAUUCAAUCAUCUAAACGCGUGGAACAUUAAACCGAAUGUGUAUGCCGUUUUUUCUAGUUUUGAUAAGUUUGUCCAGUGCGUCGUUCAACCAACGUUCAGCAAUAUCGCGAAUUCGGAUACAUUAAAAUGUCCGCGUAUCCACACGAUUUAGAUCAAGUUGAAGACCUAUCGUUGAAGGUGUGUGCUGUGACAAUUCGCACGUUAAACGAAGGAUGCCGGUAAUCGAUCGAUCACCGAAAUCAAUUUCAAGGAGAAUAGACAGUGGCUGCGAAAGAGGCUAAGCUCUGUCCGCGAAACUUCACGUUCCGAGAAACAGACAAUAUACCCCGAUAUCGCCUACCCUGCUUUCUUACUCUACCUUAUCUCCUGGGAUCGCACUGUUUAAAGAACUUCUACGUAAUAGCUGCUUCUAGCUACUACCAAAUGAUCGAAUCAUGCUGAAAGACAAAUAAGAGACGUAGCAAAAAAAUAAAAGAAAGGACCAAUUGGAGAAGAUAAGAAAAAGCCAAACCUUAGAAACUACGAAGAGAAUAGAUAGUGGCGCGCGAUAUAAAUCGAUCACGUUUGAGCGACGGGAAUUCUUCCUUUCUAUAGACGAUAGAAAAUCUCAAUCGAGAGAACAGUAAAUCAAUCGAUCUUGCUCUCGACCUUGAUGACGUAAAAACGAGGCGGGAUCGAUUUGUCAGGACGAUGAUACUCGAAGACUGAAGAUACUGUUCCAUCGAGGAGGUUAACUUAAAAAUUGACAAAGAAGUGCAUCCUUCGGAUUAUAUCUCUCCUAGGAGAGGAACGACGAAAAAAAAAAGGAAAAAACAUAGAGAGGGAAAAGGAACGAAGGGAGGGCAAGAAAAUAAAAAACAAAAAGUUAAAGAAUGUUGCGUCUGUGUUCGUAUGCGUAUAUGUAUGUGCGUGUGCGCGCGCUCGCAUCUGUAUGUACGCGCGAGUGUGUGUGCACUCUGUGCCUGUGAAACAGUGACAAGAACACACAGGGGCAGAUACGAGGAUCAGAGGCAGAGCUAUUUAGUUGUUUAAAAAUGUGCUGCUUGUUUGAUAGAACACCGCUGUUAUUACCGAAAAUUUGAAAAGAUCGAGAGGCGAAAAGAAGAAUUUGAGGAAGGAAUCGACGUAGCAGGAGGAGGGAAAAUGACGGGUAGUCGUAGUAGCGAAAUAAAUCCGGAUGUGACGGUGCGUGGCGAGGGUGGAAAGCAUACGGUUCAUUGGUUUCGCAAAGGUCUCAGGCUUCACGAUAAUCCUUCGCUGAGGGAAGGUCUUACCGGAGCCACUACGUUUCGUUGCGUAUUCGUUUUGGAUCCAUGGUUCGCCGGAAGUACCAACGUUGGCAUCAAUAAGUGGAGGUUCUUGCUACAGUGUUUGGAAGAUCUCGACUGCUCCUUGAGAAAAUUGAACUCCAGACUGUUCGUAAUAAGAGGACAGCCGGCGGACGCUCUGCCGAAAUUGUUCAAGGAAUGGGGUACCACGAAUCUCACCUUCGAGGAAGAUCCAGAGCCAUUCGGACGCGUCAGAGAUCACAACAUCUCGGCACUCUGUAAGGAGCUUGGUAUCUCGGUGGUCCAAAAGGUCUCGCAUACUCUUUACAAGUUGGACGAGAUCAUCGAGAGGAACGGCGGGAAGCCACCGUUGACUUAUCAUCAAUUUCAAAAUGUGGUUGCCAGUAUGGAUCCUCCAGAACCGUCGGUGCCGACUGUUACUUCCGCUUGCAUAGGUUCGGCCUACACCCCUCUGAAAGAGGAUCACGAUGAUCAUUACGGUGUUCCAACGCUCGAAGAACUUGGCUUCGACACGGAGGGUCUUCUUCCGCCUGUAUGGGUUGGAGGCGAAAGCGAGGCUCUGGCACGGUUGGAGCGUCAUCUGGAGAGGAAAGCCUGGGUGGCUAGUUUCGGAAGACCAAAAAUGACUCCGCAAUCGUUGCUGCCCAGUCAAACCGGUCUUUCGCCUUAUUUACGAUUCGGAUGCUUGAGUACCCGGCUAUUUUAUUAUCAGCUCACUGAUCUCUAUAAGAAGAUAAAGAAAGCUGUACCACCGCUUUCGUUGCACGGCCAACUCUUAUGGCGCGAAUUUUUUUACUGCGCUGCUACGAAGAACCCAAAUUUCGAUCGGAUGCAGGGUAAUCCAAUUUGCGUGCAAAUCCCUUGGGACAAGAACGUCGAAGCACUUGCCAAGUGGGCGAACGGCCAAACGGGAUUUCCCUGGAUCGAUGCGAUCAUGACACAACUAAGAGAAGAAGGUUGGAUACAUCACUUGGCUAGACACGCGGUCGCCUGUUUCUUAACCAGAGGCGACCUUUGGAUCUCCUGGGAAGAAGGAAUGAAGGUGUUCGACGAGUUGUUGCUGGAUGCCGAUUGGUCGGUGAACGCGGGAAUGUGGAUGUGGUUAUCGUGCAGUUCUUUCUUCCAACAAUUCUUCCACUGUUAUUGCCCGGUGAGAUUCGGCAGAAAAGCCGAUCCGAAUGGCGAUUACAUCAGGCGAUACUUGCCGAUAUUGAAAAAUUUUCCUACGAGAUAUAUUCACGAACCGUGGAACGCGCCGCUUAGCGUGCAACGUGCAGCCAAAUGUAUUAUUGGCAAGGACUAUUCAUUGCCUAUGGUGAAUCACAGCAAGAGCUCCAGGAUCAACAUCGAGAGAAUGAAGCAAGUCUAUCAGCAAUUAAACAAAUAUCGUGGAAACGGCGCCUCCCUUAAAGGAGAAACAGUCGGUUUAUUGAACGCACUGCCACCUCCAUCGGUAAAGGAGAACGAGGAAGAAAAGAAGAGGACGAAGCAAUCUCCGCCUCCCCCGGAGAAUCAAUCCAAGAUGGAAGCUCUUGCCAAGACAACGCAUCAGCAACAGCACCAUCAACAUCAAUAACGACGACCACACCGACGUCAUCGAAGCAAUUAGGCGAUAAUCCGAAAUUUUGAUUAUUUCCUAUUUCUACUUAAUUCACGCUUAUUUAUUUGCCGUCAUUACGUCUGCGAUCAUGUUAAUUGUAAUUCAUCGUAACGCGUAUAAUCGUUAAUAGUUUGAAAAAGUUAUUUGCAGCGAAAGCAAAGCCAUCCAUCGUAUCUGUUCAAACGAUCGUUUGUAUUUAGAAGUACGUUUCGUAACAAGAAAUGUAAAACUUGAACGUUAUGGCAGAAAAAUGACGAUGAGAUGAAUUUUAUAAUUCCAAUCGUUGUACAUAAUACAUCCAUUAUACGUCGUAAAUAAAAAUUUUUCAUGCAAA